UUUUUAUCUCUAAAAUUUUCUGCGAAUAACACAUUUUGAGAAAUACGCGUGAAAGGGAAAACGGAGGGAGACGGUGCCACGGUGGUGCAUCGUAGAAUCGAAUAAUCAAUAGUCUUUGAUGAAGCAAUUGCUUCAGUAGCAUCUAAUCAAUAGAUCUUGAAGCAAUUCUAUUUGUGGGCAACGUUCGUUCUCUCGGAUCCCUCAAAAAAUCAUUUUUGGUUUUGGGAUCAAUCGGAAAUGGAGAAGGUGAUGAACAUUCUGAAGCCGAAGCCAAAUCCGCAGCAGCUAUUGAGAGAUUGGCAGCGCAGGCUUCGCCAAGAGUGUCGCAACAUUGAGCGUCAAAUUCGCGAUAUACAGAGAGAAGAAAAAAAUGUGCAGAAGGCGAUUAGAGAAGCUGCGAAGAGGAAUGAUAUGGGCUCUGCAAAGGCACUUGCCAUGGAACUUGUGAGAUCUAGGAAAACAGUGAACCGUCUUUAUGAAAAUAAAGCACAAAUGAAUUCAAUAUCGAUGCACCUUGGAGAGAGUGUUGCAAUUGCUCGUACUGUGGGACAUCUAUCAAAGAGCGCCGAGGUUAUGAAGAUUGUCAAUAACCUCAUGAAGGCCCCUGAGAUGGCUGUUACAAUGCAAGAAUUUAGCAAAGAAAUGACAAAGGCAGGAGUGAUUGAAGAGAUAGUAAAUGAUGCCGUGGACACUGCACUAGAUUCCGAGGACAUAGAAGAUGAGAUAGAAGAAGAAGUCGAGAAAGUCUUGACCGCAAUAGCUGGUGAGACAGCUGCGCAACUUCCUGAAGCCGUGAGGAAAGAAAGGGUUAAACAACCCGCUCAAAGUGUUGGAGCCGCCGAGGAAGAUGCUAUAGCUGAGGGUGUUGAUGAUGAGGAAGAAAUGGAAGAAAUUAGGGCCAGACUUGCUAAAGUUAGGUCAUAAACAAGUUUAUUGUCUCGCAGCCUCUACCUUUUACCCUCAUAUCUUGUUAUAAGAGAGAGAUGUUUGACAGGUUUGUAUCCAAUUUGUCACAUCUAUAUCGGAAAAGACGAUUGAUAUAUUAAUGGGAAAUGUAAUAUUGGGACAGGCAGUUUGUAAGUAAAUUACACGAAGUUCUUGAAAGUGUGUCAAGUUAUAGUCCCGCUUUUUAAAUUUUUAUUAAGGUAAUAAUCGCAAAGGAUCUUCAUCAA